GGCAGGAAUAAGGUGUCAUCUCUUGCAUAUACAUAUUUAAGGUUAUUAAUGUAAUUCACUAUUGUUGGUGUAAGUAAGGAUGGGUCAACAGAGUCCGAGAAAGUUAGGUGAAGCCAAUAUGGUAACAUUGAAGAUCAGUCGGAGGAGGUUGGCUUCAUUCCAUCUAGGAAGCCCUAACAUGCUGUUCAGGUUUUAUAAGCACAGGUUGACCUGGUAUGGUUCAGGAAAGUGAGUCUGGCUGGACUGCAGGCAAGAUGAUUGUUGGGUCAGUGUCAAGUAGAGGUUAAGACACCGGGCUUUGGCACAAGGUAGCAAGAUAGGCCUCUGUAUAAAAGGGCAUAAUAAAACCUACCUCACUGAGACUUUUUGGAAGAUUAAAUUAAAUACACAUGUGGACAUUUACAUAUGUAUACACAUAAACACAUACAUUAACCAAUUGGCACAGUUCCUGGCCCACUGUAAAUGCUCAAGGUAAAAAAAUGAAGCUUACAGUAUGGAGGGACAGGAGUCGGUCAGUGCCGUGGUUGUGGGUAGGAAGACGUCCGUAGUAUAAUGAUAGAAACUUGACUCCGUCGUCGGUUCCACAACGGUCUGACAAGUAUUGGGGAAUCUUUAUAUAUCCCACUAAUAAUUGACCAAUAGCUUGCCUGAAUAUAGUGUCAUCUUCGUCUUGUGCACUGCUCUUUGGUGUGCGUGUCAUGCAAACCGUUAAUCAGUGUUCUCAGUAGCCUAGGACUGCCUGCUGAAUGAAGCUGAAUUGUCCCUGCGACUCUAAAAGAGACCCCUGGAAUAACACUGGUGAAAUGGUAGGAAUGUAAAAAAAGUCUGUAUCAGUACUUUGAUGGCUCUACCCAUUGACCAUCUCUGGGGUUUUACACCUACUCAGUGCUGUCCAGCUUGCCUGUUCUCUGACACAGGAAAUGGACACUCUGCCCCCUGGAUCACGGUUUUAGUGUGGAGCACGGCUAGAAGGCUAGCCUUACGAUUCUGUUGUUUAGAUGAUGAAUUUCUUUCAGAAAAAUGUGCAGUUAUAUAAUAGUUCACAUGGCCACCAUUUUCAAGUUACUGUCCUGGGCAUUAGGGUUAUGUGAUAUAAGUCUGAAAAGCAAUAAAAUAGUGAUUUAAGAAUGUUACAGUCUUCCCAUUGGACUGCUGACUUAGAAACUCAUGUAGUUGUAUGCAGUCCAAAUUCUAUUAACAUGUGUAACUGCUUUUAUUGAGUAUCCGUUGUUAGGAGUGUCUAAAAGUAUUAACUCCACCUGCUACGUUAAGUUAAUAACUGUUGCCUGUCUUUGGAAUCAUGUUCCUGCCCUUGAGAAGCUUACUCUAAUAGCUUCAAAUAAAUUUUUACUUGUUAGAUGCUUACAAAAUAUGUAGGGAUUAGUAGUAAUAGUGGCCAACUGGAAAGGCUAUAGUAUAUAGUUAAAUGGCUGGCUGGGGGUGGGCCUCUGGGAGCUGGACCCUUUAAGUGGUAUAUUCCUUGGGCAUCUGAAUAUUUAUUUUAAUUUGUCAACUAAUUUUGUGAUAUGCAGUAGGCUCAUUCAAACUAAUGUAUUAGAAAUUACUGCACAAAACCGUAAGGAAUUUCCCUGUGGGUCCAGAUUCAUGCUGCUCCACCUUAUGAAGAAUUCUCCCUACAGUGAGUAGGACCAAGGGUUGCGUGAGCUUCCUCUAUUUCAUCCUGUGCUGCUGCUUUGGGCUACAAAUUCUGUAAGUUUACUUUUAGUUCUGUAGUAGCUUUUAUUUAUAGUAAACUUAACUAUUCUACUUUAUCGUAUUACAGGAUUUGGUGAACAAUUAUAUCUCUACCCUUCAUUUGUCGGACAGCUUUAACCUGCAUUUUACAUUUACUUACUCCCCGGAGAGGUAGUAGUAAUCAUCAUAGCUAACAUUUACUGAGUACUCACUAAUAUAUGCUUUACACAUACUGACUUAUUUAACCUUCCUGACUAUGAGAUAUGCAGUAGUAUUUCUUUGUGAGUGAGGAAAUUAGGGCCAGAGGUCUGGGGGGGGGGGCGCACAGCUGUUAUGUGACGGAGCCAGAACUUGAACCUGGGUGGUCUGGCAUCAGAGCACAGGUUUUCAGUCUGGGCUUCAUUGUGUCAUGUUUUAAAUUGUGUCUGUCCACACACAGCUCCAGAGUCUUACUAGCAUUACGUUGUACAGGCAAGAAAACCGCACCUAUACCUGGAAUUUCCAGUUUAUACUAUUUCUCUAGCAUGUCCAUAAGUGUAUCCAGAAGAUUACCUUAAGUGCCUUUCUAAAAUCAAGAUACACUGCCCAAGACACCAUUUCUAGAGUAUUGUUUAGGAUGACGCCCCCACCCCCAAAGGUUCUAUUUUUUAGAAGAGUUUGCAUAUUCUCUGCGGUAGCUCCCUGGCCAAGACAUUGAAUGUGCUCCUGUGACUCUUCAGAGGGGAUGUUGUGUAGCCACAAAACUCCUUCUCAUGGGACAGUUUAGGGGAGUAUUGUUCUGUGUAACAAUUUAGGAAAAGUCAGUCAUCUGGUUCGUUUGUUGGACAGCUUUAUGCCUGCCUUAUUUUAGAUGAUUAUUUAUUCUGUCAUCCAGCAGCUUCAGCAGAAAAAAGAAUAAAAGUACCCUUUCCAGCUACCUGUGCUGAUCUCCGAAGGUCACGGCUGUCCACACAAACCGGUCACCUGUUAGUACGUUGAGGAAUUUCAUUCCCUAUCAGGUUGGCUCAAAAGCAGAAGUUGCUCAGUGUAAGGAGAAAUUUGCCAGCUCCCCAGACCCAACCGUCAGCCAGACUUUCAUGUUGGAUAGGGUGUUCAACCCCGAGGGGAAGGCUUUGCCUCCAAUGAGAGGGUUCAAAUACACUAGCUGGUCCCCCGUGGGUUGCGAUGCCAACAGCAGGUGCCUCCUGGCAGCACUGACCCUGGACAAUCGCCUGACCAUCCAGGCUAACCUCAACAGACUGCAGUGGGUCCAGCUGGUCGAUCUGACUGAGAUUUACGGAGAACGUCUCUAUGAGACCAGUUACAGGUUCUCUAAAAAUGAGGCCCCGGGAGGGAGCCUGGCAGACUUCUCUGAGUUCCAGAGGAGACACAGCAUGCAGACACCAGUCAGGAUGGAGUGGUCAGGCAUCUGCACCACCCAGCAGGUCAAGCACAACAAUGAGUGCCGGGACGUGGGCAGCGUGCUCCUGGCCGUCCUCUUUGAAAACGGAAACAUCGCUGUGUGGCAGUUUCAGCUGCCUUUUGUAGGGAAGGAGUCCAUCUCCUCAUGCAGCACGAUCGAGUCGGGAAUCAGCUCUCCGAGUGUCUUGUUUUGGUGGGAAUACGAACACAAUAGUCGGAAAAUGAGCGGCCUUAUUGUGGGGAGUGCUUUUGGACCUGUGAAAAUCCUCCCUGUCAACCUCAAAGCAGUGAAAGGCUACUUCACUUUAAGGCAGCCUGUGGUCUUGUGGAAAGAAAUGGACCAGCUGCCCGUGCACAGCAUCAGGUGUGUCCCGCUUUAUCACCCUUACCAGAAGUGCAGCUGCAGCUUAGUGGUGGCUGCGAGAGGACCCUAUGUGUUUUGGUGUCUCCUACUGAUCUCCAAAGCAGGUCUGAAUGUUCACAAUUCCCACGUCACAGGCCUUCACUCGCUGCCGAUCGUCUCCAUGACAGCAGACAAGCAGAACGGAACAGUAUAUACUUGUUCCAGCGAUGGCAAGGUGAGGCAGCUGAUUCCCAUUUUCACAGACGUCGCACUGAAGUUUGAACACCAGUUGAUUAAACUGUCAGAUGUGUUUGGCUCAGUGAGGACACAUGGGAUAGCGGUGAGCCCCUGCGGUGCAUAUCUGGCCGUCAUUACAACCGAGGGUAUGUUCAAUGGCCUCCAUCCUGUUAACAAAAACUACCAGGUCCAGUUUGUUGCUCUCAAAACCUUUGAAGAGGCAGCUGCUCAGCUCCUGGAAUCUUCAGUUCAGAAUCUCUUUAAGCAGGUAGAUUUACUAGACCUGGUACGCUGGAAGAUUCUAAAAGAUAAACAUAUCCCUCAGUUUUUACAAGAAGCUUUGGAAAAAAAGAUCGAAAGCAGUGGGGCCACCUAUUUUUGGCGUUUCAAACUUUUCCUCCUGAGGAUUUUGUAUCAGUCAAUGCAGAAAUCCCCUUCAGAUGCCCUGUGGAAACCCAGCCAGGAAGACUCAAAAAUCUUACUAGUCGACUCACCUGGGAUGGGCACUGCUGAGGAUGAACAGCAAGAAGAAGGCACGUCCUCCAGACAGGUGACUAAGCAAGGCCUUCAGGAGAGGAGCAAAGAGGGGGACUCAGAGGACCCCACAGGUGACUCCCUCACCCAGUCUGGAGAUGGCGGCCGUGAGCCAAUGGAGGAGAAACUCCUUGAGAUCCAGGGGAAGAUCGAAGCUGUGGAAAUGCACUUGACCAGGGAGCACAUGAAGCGAGUCUUGGGGGAAGUGUACCUCCACACCUGGAUCACUGAGAACACUAGCAUCCCCACCCGGGGCCUCUGUAACUUCUUAAUGUCUGACGAGGAGUGUGACGACCGAACCGCACGGGUGCUGAUUGGCCACAUCUCAAAGAAGAUGAACAAGCAGACUUUCCCCGAGCACUGUAGUCUGUGUAAAGAGAUCUUGCCCUUCACGGAUCGCAAGCAGGCCGUCUGUUCCAACGGCCACAUCUGGCUCCGGUGCUUUUUAACCUACCAGUCCUGUCAGAGUCUGAUAUACAGAAGGUGUUUGCUCCACGACAGCAUUGCCCGCCACCCGGCUCCAGAAGAUCCUGACUGGAUCAAGAGGUUGCUGCAAAGCCCCUGUCCUUUCUGCGACUCUCCUGUCUUCUGAACAGCAGUGGUGGGAGUGGACAGGGCGUGUGAUCUACUGAGCACUCUCCAGCCUGGAGAGACGGGUGCUCUGGAGGCCUGGCCCGCACAGGGGAGAGGCGCUCCUUGUGUCUGUGAAGAGGCUGGAGUCAUCUCUGAAGUGACCCUCUAUCUCGGGGACCAGAGGCCGUCUGCAAAUGACUAGGUGCAGAGCCAAGUGACUUUGAGGUGAACAUUAGCCCCACUCCUUACCCAGUGAGGAACACUUGAAGAAAUGCCCUCUUGUUUCCAGAGUCAUUUCUUCCAGAGACUCAGGAGAAGGGCCUUGUGGGCUGACUCGGGAUUUGCUCUUCACCUCGGGCUGGGACUGCCUGCCUGUGGCUCCCUGGAGCUGAAAUGGUCUGUACGUGGUGUCAGUGUCCCAGCAGAUGUUCCAAGUGUCUGACCAUGUGGACCUGCUAUGUUCUCAACAAACAGCUGCAGAACUGCACCUCUCUGAUUCUUGUUUGAAAACAUUUUCCUAAAACUAUAUUUUUAAGAGGUUGAAGCCAAAACUAAAAUUGGUUUUAGUGUGUCAAAAGGUCAGAUGACUCUUGUAAGUUAAUAAUUGUGACUGACUUUUAAUGAUCUCCCGUGUCAUAUGAUUUCCUGCCCCCACUCCUCAGUGUGUAUAAGGAUGUCAAGUGUUCCAGCUUACCUGGGACGUGUCCCUGCUUCCGACAGAACUGUGAUAACCAAGACAGAUAUCUGUACAUAGAAGAAUAUUUUCUCCUUUCAGUAUUAAAACUUUGGAGUAUUUUUAAUGUUGACAUUUGCAGAUGGUUCAUUGCUGUCUGGUACAGGAGUGUAGACUCUGCCUAGAGACUGCCAGACAGACGGCAGCUCAGACGGGUGGUACUCGCGCCCGGGCGCUACUGUAUGUGCAGCCGCUUGGCAGGGCUGCGAGUUCCUUCUCUCCACAGACAUCCUUGGUAUUACAAUACAGGUAUCUUCUGUGGGCUAAAAGGUGUUCAAUGUUAAUUGGUUUUAAAACCUAAAAUAAAAAAAUAGCCAUUCUGGAA